AUGCGCUCCUUCAACUACCUCCCAUACAAGCCAGGCACUGGGCAGGGCGGCUUCCGCGGCGAUGCGGAGCGCUGGCCCGGCGGCGGCUGCGAGGGCUACAUGCGGCGUUUGGUCCAGGAGCUCAUGCCCCUCGUCACAGCGACCUUCAACACCGCCACAGACCCCGCACGCGUCGCGUUCGGGGGCGGCUCCUUCGCAGGCGUGACCGCGCUGUACGCGGCCAUGCACUACCCGCACGUCUUCGGCGCCGUGCUGGCCGAGAGCCCGUCCCUCUGGAUCGCGGAGGGCCGCUUCAUUGGUGACCUGUGGGCCCACCGCGGGGCCCUGCCUGAGCGCCUGUUCAUGGGGUGCGGCACCAAGGAGUACUCAGCCACGCGCGACCACGUCAGAGAUGAGAUUGACGCGCUGCUGCUGCACUAUUACAAGGAAGCAGCACACGCUGUGCAGGAGGCUGGCCUGCGCGGCCCGCAGCGCUUCUACCUCCAGGUGGAGGAGGACGCGGGCCACCACGAGCUGGCCUGGUCCUGGCGCCUGACAGGGGCGCUGAGCUUCCUGCUGGCCCCCUGGUGGGACGAGUGA